AUGGAGAAGUAUGCGCGGCAGUACCUGAGUGAGGGGGUCAAGAGCAUCGACGACAUCGCCGUCACGCUAGACGCUGAGAUCGUCCGCGCUCUUAACCUUCACUACAACCGCAACAACCACCUCGAGAUCCCUGAGCACUUUAGAUACGUCGUUGAACAGACGUUAAAGGAGUUCUUCAAGGCGAUCCAGGAGCAGAAGGACCAGGAGCAGUCUUGGAAGAAAGCCAUCUACAAGGUGAUCGCGCGUCUCGACGAAACAGUACCGGAGUACUUCAAGUCUCCGACGUUUCUGGAGCAGCUCGAGUAG